AUGUCUGCUCCAUUGAAGGGAAUUAAAGUGAUUGAGCUAGCUGGGCUAGCUCCAGGCCCAUUUGCCGGUCUCCUGCUAGCCGACUACGGCGCUUCAGUCCUACGCAUCGACCGACCCUCAGCAGUGAGUGCAGACCAACUAACACGGAACAAAACAUCAAUCACUCUAGACUUGCGCGAUGCCAGCUCACGCAAUGUCCUCCUCCGUCUCCUCACCGCAGCAGACGUGCUAAUCGACCCCUUCCGCCCCGGCGUCCUCGAACGCCUCGGCCUAUCCCCGACAGAGGUCCUCCUAAAGCACAAUCCACGUCUUAUAGUCGCGCGAAUGACGGGCUUCCGUCGCGAUGGCAAGUACAAGGACAUGGCUGGCCACGACAUCAAUUACAUUGCCGUAUCAGGCGUACUCUCCAUGUUGGGUCGAGCAGGCGAAAAGCCCUACGCGCCAGGUAACAUCUUAGGCGAUUUUGCCGGCGGCGGUGCAGUCUGCUUCCAAGGUAUUCUUCUAGCGUUGAUUUCGCGUUCCCACACUGGGCGCGGCCAAGUCGUGGAGGCGAAUAUGGUUGAUGGCUCUGCAUACCUUGCUACAUUCCCUCGGCUCGCGCAGAAAACUCCCGCUUGGGCGGGUCCACGCGGUGAAAACUUGCUUGAUAGCGGCUGUCCUUACUAUGAUACGUACGAGACUAAGGAUGCGGGAAAAUACUUUGCUGUUGGUGCACUAGAGCCUCAAUUCUACGCCGCGCUACUCCGCGGAUUGGAACUGGAUCCGAAGAGCCUUCCCAGGCGCGAGGACCGUGAGAACUGGCCUGCUCUCCGAGAUAUCUUUACGCGUCGCUUUAAAGAGAAGACCCGUAGUGAGUGGGAGGUUGUAUUUGAUGGCACUGAUGCCUGUGCAACUCCCGUCAUUGAACAGGCGGAGCUUGAGACUACUGGGUAUGAGCAACGUCCGAUCGUUCAUUUGGCGAGCACACCUGCGUCUCCUAUACAGGCGGACCAGGGCGGGUGGACUGGUGGAGGGCUUUUGCCUGGGCAUGGAGGCGAGGAGACUCUUAGAGCUUGGAUGGGGUGGGAGCAGGAUAAGGAUUUUGCUGUUCGAAAGGAUGGAGCUUUGUUGUCGCCUGGCGGGAAGGUGAAGAUUUGA